AUGUCGCCAUUACCUACCGGAUUCGAUUCAGCGUUCGGCUACGGCGUUUCGAGCAACACCAUUCUGGAAGAUGAGACAGUUGGGGUCGAGCAGCAGCAUGAAAGGCCGGUCGAGAGUGAUAAUGCCAGCAACGCAGAACAUCAAGAUCGAGUUGAAUAUGUUGCCCGUCGGUUGGCAGAUGACCUUAUCAAGUUUCGAGGCUGCUGCUCCGAUUGCCAUGCUCAAAGAAAGGAGGAGCACAAUGAACAAUUCGAGCAUCAUGUCAGCCUGGCCUAG